GUGCGGUGUCUCUCCGGUGGUCUAUCUCCCGUCUCUUCGUGCCUGAGACAUCAAGCAAGAGGGGCAACCGGUCAUAUUCGUGCCCGCGGGGAAGGUUGAUCGUCUAGCACAUCGUAGUAUGACGAAGGACUCCCCCAAAAAGUCAGCGGGUAGCUCGACCGCCACGAAGAAGGCGCAGCAUGGGCGUGGCAGCGGCGGCACCUCCGUCAAGAGAGAAGUGAAGAGAGAGGUCGACACCAACGUGAAGAGCGAAAAAGGUGAACGAGAAGAAGCCGUUCUCAAGGAGAAGCGCAAGGCGGGGCAGAAGCUCGCCACGCCUCCUCCGGGUCAGGCGGAUCGCUGUUUCUACGAGACGCUGCUGAAACAAAAGCCGGAGAGCCACAUGGCGCAGGACUGGUGUCUGGCGCACGGGGUGUGCGGGGCGGCUGAAGCGGAAGCCCUCUACAAGAGAGUCUGCAAGAGGAAAGGGCUGCAACCGUUAGCCCACGCGCCGUCGUUAUCCAAUUCCCCCAUCAAAAAGGCGAAGCGUUCUUCAUCGGGGGGUAAGAGCAGGCCGAGGAGCAGCUUGCCGAAAGAGAUGGACGCGGAUACGGGUUUCGAAGCAAGUGGCGUUUUCGAGGGAGUUGGCACGACAGGAUUUUAAUCGGUCGGGGCUACGCAUCUUCUGUAGUUUUUUCCUUUUCCGUGUUCGCGCUUAGGUUUUUAUUAAUGAAUACUUCCAAUGUGCGUGCGUGUGCUGUGUGCAUUUGCCAGCUGUCUGUACUCGACCACCUGCCGGAAGAACUGCCGCGCUCCACGUGAGGCGUACUGGGUUGGUUGGGUCUUGUGCGUUAGACCCACCGUCUCUGGAUGGAGGAUGGUGUCAGCAGGACGUACAUGUGUUGACGGCCACGGCGCUGUCUCCAUUUAGACCUCAAACGACCCCGGCAGGAUAUAUGUUUGGGAGGCAUGGCACGGAUAUUCGAAAGAUCAGCCGUACUUCGGAAAUUCAGGGCGGUGCGGCGUCGUCCCGGCCGGCGGCCUGGGCGGUAAAGCGGCAGGGCGUCUGGUAGUAACAAUAAGAAGAAGCAAUGAGAGAGAGAGAGAGAGCAAUAUUGCAAGACUCCCGGUCUGAAGGGCGACGGUGCACUGCUACCGCUGUUGCUGUUCCAAGAUGUUCACGCCGCGAAUGCAUGCGUCCUUCUCCGGAGAGAACUGUUGACGGCGAUUCUGCGCGGAAAAAAAUUGCCGGUGACAAGAGAAAACGAUUUCCACAUCGCCGUAUUUGCGU